GUGUAUGGCCACUUGGGCUACAGUCUGUAACUUAGAAACUGACAGCCGUCUGACUACAGAGAAGUCCAGCUGAGCAGGAUGAAGGAGUGGUGGAUUCAGGUUGGACUGCUGACUGUUCCCUUUCUGGCUGUCUAUCUGCACAUCCCUCCUCCUAACUUCUCCCCGGCACUUUUCACAUGGAGGUCAACAGGGGCAUUCUUUAACUUUCAGGAGCAAAAGAUUUUCUACAUAGAUUCAUGGGGGGCUGUUGGCAGCUCAGAUAUUGUUAUUCUACUGCAUGGCUUUCCAACCUCAAGCUAUGACUGGUACAAGAUUUGGGAGGGUCUUACCCAGAGAUUCCAUCGAGUGAUUGCUCUGGAUUUUAUAGGGUUUGGUUUCAGUGACAAGCCAAGACUCCACCGGUACUCUAUUUUUGAACAAGCUAGUAUUGUGGAGGAAAUGAUUAGUCACCUUGGCCUGAGAGAUCAAAAAGUAAACAUCCUGUCCCAUGAUUAUGGAGAUACAGUUGCCCAAGAACUGCUCCACAGGUAUAAUCACAGAAGAACAGGACAUAUAAAUAUAGGAAGUUUAUGUCUCUCUAAUGGAGGUAUCUUCCCAGAGAAACACUAUCCCAGGCUUAUUCAGAAGGUGCUCAAAGAUGGUGGGAUAUUUUCACCAAUCCUCACAAGGCUUAUGAACUUUUAUUUCUUUACCAAAGGAAUCAGCGAGGUGUUUGGCCCUCAUACACAACCCUCGGAGGCAGAGUACUGGGACAUGUGGACUGCCCUUAGGAAUAAUGAUGGAAACCUGGUGAUAGAUAGUGUUUUACAGUUUAUAAACCAGCGUAGGAAGUACAGAGACCGUUGGGUUGGAGCAUUAAUCAAUACAUCAGCUCCAUUGCAUCUUAUUUAUGGACCCUUGGAUCCUGUAAAUCCUCACCCUGAGUUUAUAGAACAUUACAAAAACAUGAUUCCAAAAUCGUCAUUCACUAUUCUAGACGACCAUAUUAGUCACUACCCCCAACUGGAGGAUCCCACUGGUUUCCUAAAUGCCUAUUUGAACUUCAUUAAUUCAUUCUGAAAGAGGCAAAUGCAUUUAUAUUCUGUGAUUCUGCCCAGGCUCAUAUGGAAUUUCACCAGAUGUCUUUUGCAACUGAGUUUUGGCAAUGUGAUGAUAAAUCAGUUUAAUUACAGCUCAUUGCUCAAUUGAUUCUAUUGUGACUGAUACUUAAUUCUACAUGUGACAAAAUGUACUCUCAGGGACUGCUGUUCUAUAUCCCAUCAAGAGGCCUUUAUUUGUAUUUAUAUUACAUAUCCAUGGUCUUAUUAUAAUAUGCUUCCUUAGUGGCUAACUCCACUAGCCAUUUUAUGAGCAGUCUGCUGUGUUACCAGAAGCAUUUGGGUGCUUAACAGUUUUUAUAGAGCAACAUGGAAUCUCUCAUACAUCUUAUCUUAGGUAAUGACCUGGAACUCUGCAAAUGCAAAGAAGUAUUGUCCAUUAAGCUGAUAUGGAUGCAGUUAUGCAAUGCAAAUAAUCUCUUCUGCACUGGACUCUUGGACUGUGUGCAUACAGACCUACAGCAAUACUGAAUAAAAAGAAUAUAUGCAGUGAAAAAGGGCUGUCGGCACUUCUCAACACCAGUAUCUACAUUAUAAACAUGAAAAUGGUCUGGCAGCACUUCUGAACUCCAAUUUCUACUUUAUGAAUGGAUGCUUAACUACUUGUCCAUUGCCAGUGAUUAUUUUUAUAAAAACAAUCACAAUUUCACAUGGGUUUUAAAAAAAGACAACAUGAACAGGGCUCCUACAGUGUUCUAAAAUGCAUACGGUCAAACCUUACUAUGUAAAAAUUUGUGUUUUCCUGAGAAAUAGUUGUCACAUUCUUCUACAUCUCAUUGUUUACUUGGUACGGAUAUGCAAUUUAGCUUUCCCCACGUCCACAAUAGAAAAAUGAUACAAUUAUUCAAUUGUAGUUAUAUGAUGUGUGAUUAUGUAAAUGACAUAUAUAGAUUAAUCUAAAUAACAUGUAUCCAGCAAUGUGAUUUCCCAAUGGUGAUCCACCUGUCCUACUCAAAAAAUAAUCUUCCUGUUUACAUCGUUCGUUUACAAUACUUUUAUAUCCGACACAUUUUCAAGAUUGUUAUUAGUGUAAAAUGAACAUUGACUUUCUAAUGGCAGAUGUUGAUCUAAUGUUUGUGAAAUAAACUGAAAAGAUUUUAUAACUA